UAUCUAUUUUUAUUUUAAUAUGGCUAUAUUACAGUAUUUUAUUAUAAUAUUUUAGUAGUUAUACACGUGUGUUUAUUGGUAUAACGUAUUCUUUACUGUAUUAUUGAAGUUUUAUUAGAACUUUGGUAUUUCAAACGCGAAUAAAUACGAAUUUUCCAUUAUCUAAUUAUUAUGUCUCUAAUUGCUAAGUAUUUGUUCAGCCAAAACAAAAGAUGUGGGAUUCAUUUUAUUCAAAAGAAAAACCUGUCCAGUAAUCCCGUAGUGAGGGUCGAGCAAGGCAAACUGAAAGGUUCAACACAUAAUCUUUUGGAUGGAGCGCCAUAUUACAGCUUCAAAGGCAUACCUUAUGCACAGCCACCUGUUGGAGAGCUGAGAUUUAAGGCACCAUUACCGCCCAAAUCUUGGAAUAAUACUUAUGAAGCCUUAAAACAUGGCCCAGUUUGUCCACAAUUAGACAUGAUAACUUCACGGUUAAUUGAAGGAAAUGAAAACUGUUUAUACCUCAACGUGUACACAAAAUCACUUGCAGCCAGUGACAAAUUACCUGUUAUGGUAUUCAUUCAUGGUGGAGCUUUUUUGAAUGGAUCGGGCAAUUCAGAUGUGUAUGGUCCAGACUUUCUGUUACAGCAUGAUGUUAUACUAGUAACAAUAAACUACCGACUUGAAGUAUUGGGAUUUUUAAAUCUCGACAUUCCUGAAGUACCAGGAAAUGCAGGUAUUAAAGAUCAGGUUGCUGCCCUUAAGUGGAUUAAAACCAAUAUAGACAAAUUCGGUGGUAAUCCAGACAAUAUUACAAUUUUUGGUGAAAGCGCAGGCGCAGCUUCAGUAUUAUAUCAUAUGAUUUCACCAUUAUCAAAAGACUUGUUUAAUAAAGUCAUAGCACAAAGUGGCACAUGUUUAGAAGAUUGGGCGCUGAAUAAAGAUCUAAAACCACGAAGUUUUAGAGUUGGUAAAAUUUUAGGAAAAGAUACUGAUAAUCCGAAAGAAUUACUGAAAUUCCUUCAGAGUCUUCCUGCUAAAAAUCUCGCGGGACUUACCAUUAAAACAAGAACUCAGGAUGAAAAAUAUAGAGGUCUACCUAUAUUUUUUACUCCAACAAUUGAAAAGGAUUUUGAUAAUGUAGAAUCAUUUUUAAAUGUGAAUCCACUCGAUGCUCUUGCUACGGGAAAUAUUAGCAAAGUCCCAAUAAUAGCAGGUUAUAAUUCGGCAGAAUGUAUUUCGAUGUUACCAGUGAUAAUAAAGAAAGCAAAUUAUAGAAGUAAGCAUCCAGAAUAUCUCGUACCCAAAGAAAUUAUGCUCAAUGUAUCUACAGAGAAAAUGAAGGAGUUCGGAAAACGGAUUAACAAGUUUUAUUUUGGUGACAAAGAGUUUACUGCUGAGGAAAUUGAGGCACAAAUCAACAUGUUGUCUGAUGUAAAUUUUACAUAUAAUAAUAAUAGGUUUACGUAUUUGUACAGUACGUCAAAUCAACCGAUUUACAAAUAUGUACUCGAUUACAAUUCUGACUUGAACACUUUUAAGAAACUAGUUGGGAUGUCGCAUCUGAAGGGGACAUGUCAUACGGAAGACCUAUCUUAUUUAUUUUCUAGUAAAUAUACCACCAAGAUAUACAAAGAGCAGGAGAGAGUUAGAGGAUUGGUGUUUACACUAACAAAGUUAUGGACUAAUUUCGCUAAAACUGGUGAUCCAACGCCAGAUCAGAGCCUUGGCGUAAAGUGGCAGCCGUAUACAACAUCGGGCGAGGAAUACUUACACAUUGGGGAGCCCCUGACGCUGGGGCAUGCCGCCAACCGAGAGAGAACCGAAUUCUGGAACCAACUGUACUGUGAAGCGGGACUCCCACACAUUGAUACUCACAAGUGAAAGCUAUUUAAAUGAUUUUCCUAAGAGACUAACAUUCCUUCAAGAUCCAUAAUGUUGCGUUUAUAGACGUUGUUAUUUGGAAGAUAUUAUUUUAAAUCUCAUGAUGUGUAAAAAAAUUAUACUGGUAAAAUUACAUCAGCUUCCUAAUUGAUUCAAUCGAAUUCGAAUCUAUUGGAUCAAGCUGGCUCAGAUAUAUUCUUGCUGAGUGCGUUUCCAGUUACACCAAUAGUAUAAUUUAAAAAUAUAAAUAUGAUAGAAUUAUAUAAAAUAUUAAUUUAUAAACCUAAAAUUGUUAAAUAUUAAAAGAAACUAAGUCAAUCCACAAUCAGUGGAUUUUAUACAUAUUCAAUGGCUAUUUUCAAACCAUAAAUUUAGGAAUCAUAUACAAUAAAACUGUCGCGUUGUUACUAAAAUCAAGGAAUUACAUAGGUGUGAUAAAAUUGUCAAUUCACAGCAGGCUAGUGUAUAGAAAAUGUUAUACGGCCAUAUAACCCUACCAAAUUCAGAUACAAACUGCUUGCAUACUUUCUACAUAAACUGUGUCGAACAUAUAAUAUAGUAAUGUAAAAUUUGUUAUUGUUGAAUAUUUGACAUAUCAAACAUUUUCUAUACACUAGCCUGCUAUGAAUUGACAAAAAUAGCAACUGAUGAUGUAUCUUUCGUCCUCUUUUUACUAAUUAUUUUAGCAUAAGCAGAAAGAAGGCAACCAUACAAUUUACAAUUUUUAUUUUAUCAUUCCUCCUACGUAAUUCCCUCUUUGGUAUCUUCCAUCUUUCGUCCUAAAAGAAAAAUUUUAAAGGGCACUGCAACAUUUCUACAUAUUAAACCUAAUUUUUUUUUUUUUUAUCUUAUUACUUAUUACUAGCGGUCGUUCAGUGGUCGAUAUUCGACCGUAACAUAUAUUGUAAUAAAUGAAUUUAUUAUGGUUAUGUUUAACAUUUAGUAAGACUAUAGACAAAUAAUAUUAAAGGCAAGCAAUGUUAAUGAUAUUAUUAAUCGAGAAUUUGACCACAAACUUUAACAAUAAACAAAAGAGUAUAUAUGCAUAUGUGUGUCCGUGUGUGUGUGUGUGUGUGUGUGUGUGUGUGUGUGUGUGUGUGUGUGUGUGUCAAAGACAUGGUAGUGUGUAUGUUUUUUUUUAUUGAUUUAAUAUAUUUUUUAUGCAUAAUUUUAAAAUAAAUAUUAGUAUAUUGCACCUAAAUUCUGCACUCCUUCUUUAUAUAAACUAUAAAUUACAUCCUACUCCGUCCGCGCAGUUUCUGUAAAAAGGGAUAGAAAGUUUUUGCUUCAUAUUUUAAUAUAUAGAUAAUGUACAUAGAUAUUCAAUAAAUAAAUUUAUAUUCAUAAACA